UUUGCAAUGUUAUCAUCCCCUAAAUUUUGGUGAAGACCAGGAAAUGGAAGAAAAUGAAUACGUUUUACUGGUACUAGUUCUAGCAGUAGUCGUAGUAUUAUAAUUGCCGUAACUUACAGGAUUUAUAUUUAUUAUGAGUAGUAGUGGAUAAAGUAAUAUUAAAGACACUCAUCUACAAAUUUAUUAGGAAAACCAACCCACCCAAAACUCAAACAACGCAGCAGCAGCAAACCCACCCAAAACUCUUGGGCCUCUCCCAAAACGCAGUGAAUUCUUUUCUUUUCCUUCAUACCCAUUCGGUCUUGGCCCUUUCUUUCCAUGCCAAGUAAUUCUAAAAAUUUGUACACCACUAUUAUUAAAAGACUACCCACCCAGCCCCCGCUCAGUGUAGAAAUAGAAUACUGGUAAAUAAAAUAGUGUAAUUAAAAACAUUCACGCAGUUUCGGUAAAGGUGUACGCCACCGAAACCAAAACCAAAACCAAAGAAGUUCACUACUUCACUGCAGAAAUAAACUAAUCAAACUUUGAGCCCACGCUCUAAAAUCCUUACACUCUCUUUUCACAUCAGUUUCCCCUGGGAACAAGGAAGGCCGGAGCCGCACGCUCUCUUCUAUCUGCACUUUUCACUUUUGCAAUUCUAUUUUAUUGUUCGCCCUAAAACCUAAAAUUCACCGUUAAGCUGCAAAGCAAACAUGAAGCGGGAUCAGCAGUCAGAAUGCGGGGCCUGCGGUGCUCCAGAGCGGUUGCUCCUCCACAACCUCCGUCACAGAGCCAGUUACCGACGUCUCUGCACGAACUGUGUCCUGAAGAACCACCAGGGCUUAUUCUGUCCCAUCUGCCUUGAAGUUUUCAACGAGUCCCCUCCUUCUCACCAGCGCCUCAUCUGCCUCAAAUGCCCCUCCAUUUCUCACCUCUCCUGCUCCUCCUCUUCCUCCCAAGCCUCCUUCACCUGCCCCCCUUGCUCCAACCCUAAUUUCUCCUUCUUCAAUGUCACCCCUAACACCUCCAAUAAGAAACCUAAGUCAACGCCUGAUCAUCAGGGAGGAUCUAACGACCAUGACCCCAACCUGAUGAAGAGGGUUAUUGACAAGGAGGCUGCUAAGGCUCUUCUUGCUGCUGCUAAGAUUGCGGCUGCCUCCAUGACCAAAGCAGCGGCCGUUGCUAGAGUGGAGGCUGAGCGGAGGGUCAAGGAGGCUACUUUGACAAAGAAAAGGGCCAAAGAGGCUCUCGAGAGACUCGCCUUCUUGGCCCGUAAGGACAAAGACUUGAAAUCGUCCCAUACCCAAAUCCAAAGUUGAUGCUGCUGCUUCUGCUGCUAUUGCUGACCCCAAAACCAACGCCUUGUCUCUUCCAUCUCCUCUUCCUGAAAAUGGAAAUAAUGGUUUGUAUUCUGUUUCUCCUGCCAAUGCUCGCAUUCCAAUUCCCAAGUUGCGGCGACAACACAGCGCUCAUGCCGUAGCGAGAUGCAGUAACUGUUCAGAGUAUGAUGAACUUCCCAGUUGUUUUGGCAAAUGCCUCGGAUCUUUGAUGGCUAGAUUUUAUCUCUUUAUUUUUAUUUUUUGAAUGAAUUUCUGCUUGAAAAGUGAACAUUUGCUUUGUAUGGUAAGCCGUGACUAGAACAUAUAACAUAAAUAUACAAAAAAAAACGGCAU